GCAGAGCUCCUGGGCCGCGCUGGCGACUCUUUGGGGACUUUUGAGGCCUCCUGGCCAUGCUGGGGGUGUCUGGGGAUCCCGCGGGCCGCAUUGAGGACUCCUUGCGACCCCUUGAGGAUCUCUUAGGCCGUUUUGGGACCCCUUUGGGUACCUCUCACACGACCCUGGGGUACGUUGGGCCCCUGUAGACCACCUUGGAAAUCACUGGGGACCACUUAGGGACCACUGGGGUACCUUAGGGAGCUCUGGGGACCCUUGAGAAACCCAGGGCCUUCCAAUGACCAGAACCACCUUCCCCCCACAGGCCAUGAACGCUCACCCGGCAGACACCACGCAGCCCGAGGAGCCCCCGCUGCCCCCUGAGCCUUUUCCCACACGUGUCAGGGGGAUCAGUGCGGAGCAGCGGAGCGCCCAGGAGGAGUGGGAGGCAGUGGAGGAUAUCCAGUCAGAAGAAGAUCCAAGCGACAGUGCACAGGCAGGGCCUGGCUGCUCUGCUUCACUUCCUCUUUGGGCCCCCCCGGCUCCAGCAGCAGCUGCAGGGCGAGCGGGACCUGGCUCUUGCCAUUGCUCAGUCUGGCCUCCACCCUGCAGCUGGUGGUGGUUGCUGUCCCACCACGUCCCCCUGCUGGCAGCUGAGGGCAGCAGGCUGCUCGGUGUCUUUCUUCUGCUAGGUGGCUUGGAUGAUAACCAAGCAGUGCACAUGAGAAUCCUGCAGACCAUCUACAAGAAGCUGACCUGCUCCAGGCUGGGAUGCCCACGCUAUGGCACGCACUGGGAGGAGCUUGGUUUUCAAGGUGCGGAUCCAGGGACCGACCUGCGAGGGACAGGGAUGCUGGGCUUGAUGCAAAUGCUGUACUUCGUGAUGGACUCUCAGAUGCUGCCUCUAGCUCUGGAGAUUUUCAGGCUCUCCCAGCAUGAGACACAGAAUUUCCCCUUCUGCAUCAUGUCUGUGAACAUCACCCGCCUCGUGCUGCAGGCCCUGAGGGAGGAGUGUCUCUCCAGGGAGUGCAACCGCAGGCGGCAAGUCAUCGCCGUGCUGAACGACCUGUAUGCAGCGGCGUUCCUGCAGCUCUACCGAGUCUGGAAGUCACAGCACAAGACCAUCGCUGACUCUGGCUUCCUCCUGAAGGAGCUGGAGUUCUCCACCAAAAAGAAACCAAAGCAGCUCCUGAAAUCCUUGGAGAGCUACGUGAGAAGAAGCUCGGUGUCCACAGCAGAUGGCGUCCAGCAACCAUCCCCUCUGUCCAUCAGCAGCAACCAGGCUGGUGAAGAGAUAAACUUCACGGGCAUUUGUGACCUACAGGUUGAGCUGGAGGGAGAGGCACGGCUGAUCUGAAAUGAGGGGCUCAGUUCUGUGUGGGUUUGCAGGAGGGGAGCUGGGGACCCGGGCAGCCAGCAGAGUGCUGCAGAGCGUGCAUUUUGCAGCAGGGAGGCUGUGUCCAUCUCUGCCUGCCCCGGCGUGCCGACUGCAGUUUGUUGGUGUUGCUUGGAGCUAUAGGUGCAAACCGCAGCCUUUGACCCUUUCCAAGUAGGGGUAGUCAGGCUGGUUGGUCACACGGUGUUCAAGGCAGGGUUUUCCAGCCUAGAUGGGUCUGUGAUUUGAAAUCUGGCAACAUAGGAGAAAAAAAAUAGCUGGGUUUUGUUAGCCACCAGCCUUGUGCUGGGCUCCAAACCUGCCUUGCUGGCUCGGAUGUGUGGCGUUGCCCAUCCUUACCCUGGCACAGGCUGGAAGUGCAGGUGGGAAAUUUCAGGUGGGAGCUCUCCCUGCUGCAGGGCUCACUGCUCCGGAGCACGUGGAGGGGUGUGAAACCCGGAGCUUUGCGUUAGAGCUCCUUACUGCCCAUCUGUGGCUGGGGUGGGCAGCAGCUCCUCGUUUGGGGAGCCCUCCUCAGCACCACCAGGGAGUGGCUGUGCAUGGAUGUAGCAAAAUAGGCUGUUAAAAGGAAAAAAAAAACCAACAACGUUGUUUUGACGUUCAGAGACUUCUUGGUGCGGGCUUGCUGGGGGUUUCCCUGGCUGGGCUGGGCUGGGAAGGGGGGCAGGGCAGGGGGCUCGUUCCUCGCUGUGUUUCUCCCUUUCUCACCCCACAUUUCAGCAUAGGGCUGUGCUGGAGGCAUCCCCUGCAGCAUCUCCGGAGCUGGCGUAGAAACGAGUGAGCACAGCUUUGGGCUCAGCAUCCUUGGUGGUCGCUGGGGUCGGGGUGGCUCAGGGCAGCGGGGGGCAGCGGCUUUGGGGUUCCCCAAAAGGAUGUGGAUGCCGGGGGGGGGCGGGCAAGGGGAUACGUGCUGGCAAAGGGAUGGGGCACCCGUGCGUCAUGGAGGUCCUGGGGUGAAGAUGGCAGCGCUGGGGGACGGAGAGCACCGGGGGGUGACACGCGGCUGCCUACCGGGCGCAGCCG